UUUACAACUAUUUAAUUUAUUUUGCCAUAGAUUUUGUGACAAAUAAAAAGGUAGUGUUCAUACUAACCUAAAUCCGUUCAAAUCCUUUCUUUUCAUUUACUACCCAAUUUCUAAUAUUCCUCCAUUUCCAUUCCUUUCUUUUCUUUUUCUUCCAUCUUCAUUAUGCCAAACUAGCCCUAACUAACCAAUGGGCCUUUUGCCCAAAAAAAAAAAAAAAAAACCUACUGGCCCUUACUAUUGAAGAGUAAAGUUAGAACCAUCUGUGCAGCUGUGCUUUAUCGAAUUGAAGAAUUGGGGCGCAAUGGGGGUCUUUAACCUACCCCAAGGGUUGGAAAUGGAGAUACUCUCAAGACUUCCAGUUGAAUCUCUUAUGCAAUUCAGAAAAUCGUGGUGAUCGGAGAUUGACAGUGUAAAUGGAGAUCUGCCGAAGCUCAGUGUAGCGAUUAGGUGUAUCGCAUUCGAGUUUCGAGCCUAGUGAGUUCAAUCGGAGCAUUACCGGGCUAGUUCGUCUCAAGCUGUGCUUUCAGGAAUCGAAAAAUUGGGGACGCAAUGGCUGUAUUUAACCUACCUGAAGAAAUGGAAAUGGAGAUACUCUCCAGACUUCCAAUUGAAUCUCUUAUGAGAUUUAGGUGCGUAUCCAAACAAUAUCGCUCUUUAAUUUCUGAUCCCUAUUUCGUCAAAUUUCAUUCCAAUCGAUCAAUUCUAUCCAAGAAAUGCCAGAAAAUCUUUUCCUCUAGUUUGCCUCCCGAAUCAAUAGACUUUGAAUCAUUACUUGACAAGAAGAAGAUGGAAAACGAUAGUAAUGAUGGUAGUAAUGCUGUAGUGAAGUUGGAUUGUCCAUUGUGGAGUGAAGAUAGCCACGUCCAUGUAAUUGGUUCUUGCAAUGGCUUGAUUUGUUAUGUUGUUGAUUGGUUGUACAUUAUCUUAUACAACCCUUCCACUAGAGUCUCCAAGGAAUUGCCAAAAGCACCACUCCUUGAAAAGGCUGGUAGGGUUCGUUGUUCUUACGGCUUUGCUUUUGAUUCCUCUGAGGAUGAUUACAAGGUAGUUUUCGGAACUCAUAAUAAUGGCACUAUAAGUAUCAUGUUCCAUAUGUUUAGUCUUAGACACGAUUCUUGGAGAAGAAUACAAGACCUGAGUUUGAGUCAUUUAGAGAUAUUCUCAUUGUAUGAUUUUGGAGUUUUCUUGAAUGGAGCUCUUCAUUGGCUACUUAUACCCGAAGGCGACAUUAAUUUUGAACCACUUCAUGGGGUAAUUGUUUGUUUUGAUUUAUCAAAGGAGGUGUUUAGUGAGAUGUCCCUAGGAGUUCAGGGCAAAACUUUUUUGUCGUUUCGCCCCUUGGGGGCUUUUGAAGAAUGUUUGUAUGCACUGUCUCGCCCAUCUAAUGCUAAUGGAACUUUUGUUGAGGAGGUGUGGUUGAUGAAGGAAUAUGGCAUGAACGCAUCUUGGACUAAGUUUAUCACUAUCCCAAGUAAUGUGGGACUGGACCCCACACCGUUAUGUUUAUUGCGGGAUGAUGAACUUCUGCUGAAGAUUGAAUCAGGAUCAGGAACAGAAUUAGGAUCAUACCAUACUAAAAAAAAGAGAUUUACGAGAAUUUGCAAUUGCCCCCAUUCUUCCGAACCAGUUUUGUAUGUGGAGAGUCUGGUUUCACCCAACAGGUUUGAUGGGAAUGACAAGCGACCCCAACCGGCUGGGCUGGGGCUAAUUGCAGUGGGAUUGUUUAUGCUUUGGUUGAUGUGGCUGAUUUUCAUUUCGUUCGUCUUCCUUCUCUGUCGAUGGAUGAAUGUUGGAUCUUGAAUGUCAGACUUAGAGAGGAAAAAUAUUAAACCUAGAGACAGAUAUGCAACUAGUGUGCUGAUUUUCUCUUUUCCUUAAAUUCUUUUUUAUGUUAUUAUUAUUUUUUUUUCAUCCCUGGUGAAUGGUAUUCUGAAAAUCUAUGUUAGUCAUAUAUUGAAAAGUUGACAGUGACGAUUAAGCUGUUUGACCAUUUCUUUGUUGUAAGAGGGAUUGCUGUGAUUAUUUUGAUGGAAAUUUGUGCA